AUGUUGUUUGUUUUCAAGUUGAGCGGAAGGCAAACACUCGGAGGAUCCCGCGACGUCCACGAGCCACCGCCAGGGAUGGAGAACCUCGAGUCCGUGUUGGAGGAGCUAGAGAGUAAUGAACGAGUUUUACGAGAAUUGUGGGGGGGAAGAUAUGACAGAGUGCAGGAAUGUGCCGGCUUUUUCCUAUGUCCCUACACGGGACAAGAUUCUACAUCACUUUGACACCUUCACAGGGGCUCCUUUUACUAUACAGCGACUAUGUGAAAUUAUGAUAGAUCCCACAAGACACUACAAGAGAACAGACAAAUUCUUGCGAGGACUGGAGAAGAAUGUUUUGGUGGUUUCUAACAUUGAGCCAGGACGACAGCGUCGAGGUGGAGAUGACGGGCAGACCCUCGUGAAUGGUCUUCAAGAGGGGGGCCUCCAUGCUUCCACAGUUUCAGGUGUUUCUUCUCCAACGUCUACACAGCCCCAUCACCAUAAGAGGGUGCCCUCUCCUCAUCACCCACAUUCCAUUUCAAAUAAUAUGAAUGAUACAUAUGACCCAGAUAUGAACAUGUGUGAAAGCCAAGUAACAGGUUCAGAAGCCAAUGGCCCAAGUAUUGCUCAGACUGAAGAGAUGAGUCUCUCCCCAGUGGUGGAAAAUUCAGAGCCCCCUGCUAAAAAGGCAAGAACAGAAGAAAGCUCCUUGGUCAAAGCAUCAGGUUCUGCUGAUGAUCUUUCACAACCACAAGAGAAAAGUGAUGCCUUGGCGGCACCACAUGAGACGGACAACAUGGAAGCAGAGGCAAGCGAUGAUGGGAGUAAUACCAGCAGCAGUAGUAGCAGCAGCAGCAGUAGCAGCAGUAGUUGCAGUAGUGCCAGAACUGAAGAAGAAGCUAUGGAAACAGCUGAAGCUGAAGCCACUUGUUUAUCCAUGAAGGCUGAGGAGGAAGAAGAGAGUAAAAUGUCUGUAGAAGAGAGUACUUCAGGGCAGCAGGUUUGCACAAGUGAAGGCGUUGCUAGUGAAUUGGCCGAUGGGAAUGAGGAAAUUCAAGGUAAAAAGGAGAAAGAGGAAAUGGUCUUGUCAUUACCCCCUGAGGUAUGUUCAUCAGACAGUUCCUGUGUAGACAACACUGAGGAUGCUAAGGAACAAAGCCUAAAUUCAACACCAGAAUCAUCGCCAACAAGGGCAACCCAAGGCAGCCCAGAUUCUGUGGAAGACAACUCAGAGCAAAUUCUCCAACAGCACCAGCCUGAGGACAACCACAAAGUUGAAAAAGAAGGCAGCUCUGAAGCAACAGCAGUAGCAGACAACAGUGACAGAAAUGAACCAGAAGUAGUUGUGUCAGAAGGACGAUCCAUGCAGGAGCAGCAAAGUGAAGAUAGUCAUGAGGCUGACAGCACUUCUCACCCACAGACAUCUGCAUUCUCUAGCCAACCCUCAGAUUGUUCUGUUGCUGUUUCAGCAACAUCUUGCUCAGAAACCUCUGAAUCCAGUCCUGGCAUUCCUUCUCCUGCCAUUGAACCAGAAUCUGCUCUUACAAGAACCACUGAUUCAGACCUCAGUCAGGCAGCAUCACCCCCUGGGAGCACCGAUGCUACACCUUCACCAACAGCAGCACCACUUCCACCUUCACCUUCAGAUGGUGUAUCAUCUGGUGAAGAAGAGGACACCCCAGAACCUACCUCUAUAACCAGUCCUGCUGCCUCAACUUCCACUGCAUCUCACUCAGACUCCACAGUUUCUCAAGGUACAGAAAAAAUGGCAACAGACAGCUCGACUGAAAAAAAACAAGAUACUACAGAAAAGGAUAUUGCCAGUGUUAGUUGUUCAAGUUCUCUGGAGGGUGAAGAUAAAGCCCAGCCAAUGGAAGAAGACUGAGUUAGUUUGGAACUUUUGUAGCAUAUUUUUGUAUAAAUUUAUUUACACAGCUGUACCUGCCAUUUGGACACUUAUUCAUGAAGAUGGAAUAGCAUUCAGAAUUUUUGAAGGAAAGGGGUUGCUGGAAGUAAUCAGCAUCCUUGUCCCAUUUUAGUACCAUUGCCUAUAUUAUUAUAGAUAUUAUUUCUAUCAAUUUUGAUUUUUGCUUUUACUUUUAAUGAUACUGUUUUUCUGCAGAGAAUUUUACUUUGGACUGUGCAUUUCAUCCUGUGUCAGGAUGUGCAGAAGUGAUGGCAAAGUGAUAAUUUUUAUUGUCUUUGGGACUUUGUAUAGUACAUUUUUAUUUUAUUAUACCUUUUCCUUUCAAUACUGAGGAACCUAAGAGAAUAUUGCAUUUGAUGAUAACAUAAGUAACAUCUGAAUCUUCAGCUGAUCUCCUAAUUCUUGAGCUGCAGACAAUAUAAGGGAUGUUUUAUCCAAUAAGAGUGACUAGACAUCAAGAGGAAGGGUGCUGAGUACAGUUACAGUUACAAGAACAAACAUUUUUCCCACUCAAAUGGUGUUGUACUGAUUAUCAAGUACAGUACAAUGGUUGUUUAUUUAUGCAUAAUAGCUUUUGCAAUAGAUUUUUUAAAAACAAAUUUGUAAUGUCACAGUUAUGGUGUAUGGUAACUUGGAUAGUAUUAUUUAAAGGAAAGAUGGGAUGUACUUAGUAAACACCUUAGUGAAUGAUCCUGCUUUGAGAGCUGAGGAGUCGGACAUGUGCCAGCAUUGGUAGUUUGUUGAGAGCGAGAAAAAAGGGGGAGUGUGAUAGUUUGCAGGAGUACAUGUCAUUACCACAGAUCAUUAUUUGUUCAGGGAUUUCCAAAACAAUAUUUGUAUGACAGUUGAUGCUUUUGUAUCCUAAGUGCUUAGACCAGGUAAUGUUCUGUAUAGCAUUUGCAGUGCAUAGUGUUAACAUCAGUAUUAUUUAUUUCACCGUAUUGCUAAAGUGAGUUGUCAUAUCACAAAUUUGGUUUCAGUAUUUUUAUUUAAGUUUGUCAAAUAUUUUUUUGGUUGAUGUUCACAAUGUACAUUGUAUGGAAUGCAUGAAUGGGAUGGUUAUUUGAAAUUUACAUGUACCAAUGUUUAUUACCUUUUUUAUCAAUUUUUCAUAGUUGCCUACUUCCUUACAUUAUCAGUUUCUCUUCCUAUUUUUCUUCUGUACAUUUCCUACAGUUCAGUUCUGAUUAAUUUAUAUCUGACUGAACCACUCAUUAUUUUGUAUUCCUCAUUAGAUUUGUCAGCAUCAUCAUAUCCAAAUACAGUUAUGCAGUUUUGUACAUACUGGUAGUUUUUUUUUAUUUCUAGGUGACCUGUCUUCUGUUUCUCAUUAUUAUUUAAUGUUCUUCUCAGUUCUUUCUUUGGUAGGGAAUGGAGCAUCAUUUACAUUGAAAAUAGCGGCAAUCUCUUUUUUCUUUUCUUUUCUUUUCUCUUCCCUUUGUGAAUCAUAUGUAUGCCUCUUCCUCUGCUACCUCUGCCCUUUUCUUUCUUUUUUUCAUUUGAAUACUAACAUUGCAUUGAUUCCUGUUGAAAUAGCCAUUAGGGAUCCCUGAAAGUAUACCUGGACAUACCUCUAUUUGUUUCAGGUAUGAAUUAUUCACAAAUUAAAUAACUGAUUUAGUGUAACCUUUGUUUACACUUGACAGAAAUGCACUCAAGGAAAUUAUUUAAGAAAUAACCCCUUCAGUGCAUGUUUGUCUAGAAUCACCCAAACAAGAAAUCUAUUUCAGGUGAUUGUAGUCAAGAAGUAUUUUACUCCUAACAUGUAAGUGCUCUAGGCAACCAGUGGUUUAAAAGCCUGCAACAGCACUUAUUGCUAAACAUUGGUAAUAGUUAUUUUCUAAAUUAUUUUUUUCUAACUAAAUGUAUUGUAUUCAAAUUGACUUGCAGACUGGCUUACUAAGGCAUUAUAAUAUAAGCCAAGGGUAGCUUGUAAGAAGAGAUAUCUUACAAAAUUUUCAUAGAUCAGGUAGAAUUAAGAAAUUUAAACUGCAGAGUCUGUAGAGAAUAUUAUUUUGGUUUAACAUGCAUCAGAAUCAUACAUUUUAUAAACAAAUGUCAAUAAAAUUGAACGGUAUAA